AUGGCGAACACGUUCGGCUUCGGUGCGGCUAUGCGCUCUCUCUGGCACGAUCUGACCAGCUACGACCGACACUCUACGAUUGACUCUCCUCACCGAACCGGUCGCCACGUUCCUCUGAAUCGCCAGAGCGGCAUCCUUACUUCCGUCGCGACAGCCUCCGAAUCCCGCGCCGAUGUAUCCUCUCCCUUCGCCGACGAUUAUAACAGAUUCUCGCGCGAGAACAGCUACCAGGGCGGUGGCAUGCCCUACACACCAACUAGCCCCAACCCUUCUGCGCCUUAUUCCCCAGGUCUGAGAUCUCAAUCUGCUCGCCGCGAAAGCCAGCACGAUGGCUUUGAGCUACAGAGCCCCGGAGACGUCCCCAUGCAGUCUUUCCAGGACGGCUCACCUCCUCCCCCUCCCGUUUCCCACUCGUGGAAGAAGAUUGACGCAUGGGCUGAAGAGCACUACCCUGAGCUGUGGGACCAGCUCUGCGAGGGAUGUACUGAUAACGAUCUCAACGAACUGGAGCAUCAACUCGACUGCUCCUUGCCCCUUGACGUGAGAGAGUCACUGAUGGUUCACGACGGCCAGGAGCGCCUGGGAAUGCCUACUGGUAUCAUCUUCGGCUCCAUGUUGCUUGAUUGCGAGGAGAUUGUUCAGGAAUGGGAUCAGUGGCGCAAGGUCAACCAGGAAUUCCUCUCCGAAGCGGCGUACCAAAGACCUGCCGCUCUCCCCAAGGCCCUCGGCAGCAGCAACCAGGCAUCGUCUUCCAGAGAACCCGCAUCUCCUGCGGCCGCAAACAAUGGCUCUUGGCGUCAGGACCUCAUUGCUCGCCAGGAUUGCGUGCCUCCCAACGCAGUGCAGCGAUCGUAUGCCCACCCAGCCUGGAUCCCCUUGGUGCGCGAUUGGGGUGGAAACAACCUGGCUGUCGACCUCGCUCCCGGUCCCAGCGGCAAAUGGGGGCAGAUUGUUCUCUUUGGUCGCGACUACGAUACCAAGUAUGUCAUUGCCCGCUCCUGGGCUCACUUCCUCGCCAUGGUCGCGGACGACCUCUCGUCUGGCAAGUGGUUUGUGGAUGAGGAGACCAACGAGCUCAAGUUGCGGGAGUUUAAGGAGACACGUGUUGAGCCUCCCUACUUUGGCAUUCUUCGAUGGCGAAUGGAUCAGAAGUACGGCCGAAGAGCUGCGAAGCGCAGAUCGGUUGCACCUACUAACAGAGCCGGAUCUCCCGCUGGAUCUGGCGCCAACUCUCCGUACACGAGCGCGAGUCCGACAUCAGCCGAGCCUAAUGGCGAACAACGAGGAAGAUCAAUGCAACGACUGGGAGGCACUUCUCCGAUUGCCAGCCCCAUUCGCCCUGGUUAUGGCAAGUCCAGCCCCCUGGCACGAGUGGCCGAGGAAACCCCUCUGCCGGAGCUGCAGACAAACGGCCUCAAGCCAACGAAGCUUGUCGAAGUCGAAACUCCCCGGCCGAGCGAAGAGACCCCCAAGGGCUCCCGCGUGUCGCUACUUUCGCACGUCGAGACUGCGGAGGGCGAAGGAAAGGAGAACGCAAACCCCGCUGGCAAGAUGAAUGGCACCGCCAAAGCCAACGGCAAGCAACCUGAGGUAUCGGAGGAGCCGAUGAAGGAGAUCGAGAUAUAG